CGACAAUGUCAUUCCGAGAACUUAGAAAUUUUUCAGAAAUAAUGAAGUCGUUGGGCUAUCCCCGCUUGAUGUCCAUGGAGAAUUUCCGGACGCCCAACUUCGAGCUGGUUGCUGAUUGUCUACACUGGUUGAUACAGAGGUAUGACCCGACUGUUGAACUCAACGACGAAAUCAGUACGGAGGGUGAUCGGGUUGCUUUCCUGAAGGCAGCGGUCCAGAUAAUGCUGAAGAAAGCUCGUAUCAAGUUGAACCCAAAGAGGAUCUACGCAGCGGAUGGCCAUGCAGUCAAGGAGCUUCUAAAAAUAGCUACAGUUCUUUAUCAAGCAACAAUACAAGCAGAAAAGGAAGAGGAUGAGGGUAAUGAAGUGGCAUUGAACUCGAACACUCUCGAUAUGAAGUUGAUACGCUCACUCGUCAGCGAGAUCACGCAGUGUGGUGCAUCCCUCUAUGACAUUCUGGAGAAAGAGCCAGAUCUAAGGGCGGCUAGAGUGAAAGCGAUCACCAGAAAUAUGGAUAUGGAGGAUAUCGAGAAGCAUGUAAAACAAGCCAUUGGAUCUGUCUCAGAAAAUAUCGCAUCUGUAGAGAAGAAUCUUGCAGGGGUCCAACGGGACGAAAAAAGCCUGGAGGCGAAAAUAGAGAAACGAAAAUCCGAACUCGAGCGCUCCGAAAAGCGACUUUUGACAUUACAAAGCGUCAGACCGGCAUAUAUGGAUGAGUAUGAAAAGCUGCAAGUAGAUCUGCAGGGUCUUUAUACUUUAUAUGUGGAGCGCUUCAGGAACCUGCAGUUCUUGGAAGGCAUGCUAGAGCAGCACAACCAGCGGGAGCAAGAAAAGCUCGAGGAGGCUGAUCGUGCUCUCAAGAGGAUGCAAAGACGUCUCCGAGAAGAGGAACAGAGAAUCCUAAGAGGAGAGCACAAGGAUGGCAGCAGAUACGAAAGUCCAGAAACACCGGAGGUGUUGUCGGAGGGAGACGAGACUGGGGCCGCGACAGCAACAGUCAUUAAAAGCAGUGCAGGAAGACAGCGCUCUGCAAACACGAUUUUCGGCCGGUAGGCCGAGCCCCUGUUAACACGGCGGGUUUACUGCCAAAUCGGAAUGAAACAGUUGGGAAAAG